CCAUCACUUCAACAACCCCAUUAAAAAGCCCUACAAUUCUCUUCUCUCCCUCACUAAACACUGUCUCACUUGCAAAACUCUACAUCUCCAUCUCUUUAGUUGGAAAAUUUUGUUCUGUUAGAUUGUGAAGAAAAUGGAAAAGGGAAGAGGCAGUGCAAUGUUGGGAAUGGUCUUGGUUUCCAUUUUGGCGGUUCAAUUAGAGAUGGCUAAUGCUGCAAUUUAUAUUGUUGGAGGCUCUAAUGGUUGGACUUUUAAUGUUGCUGGCUGGCCUAAAGGAAAAAGCUUUAAGGCUGGUGAUGUACUUGUAUUCAACUAUGCUCAAGCAGCCCACAAUGUGGUAGCAGUGAACAAAGCAGGAUACACAUCUUGCAAUCCACCCAAGGGAGCUAAAACUUACACUUCAGGCAAGGACAGAAUUAAGCUUGUGAAGGGACAAAACUUCUUCAUCUGCAGUUUUCCUGGCCAUUGUCAAGGUGGAAUGAAAAUUGCAGUCACUGCCAUGUAAUUUGUGACCUUGGAUUUUGUGUUUUCUAUCUCCUAUGUAAUUUUAGGCUUUCAUGUUUAAUAGGUCACUAAACUGUCUGUGUUACUUUAUUUUUGUGUACGUUGGCCUGUGGUGGUUGGCUAGCCAGCCUUACAAAUAAAAUUAGCUCCUUAUCUAGUA